AUGGUUAUCUACCGAAGCCAAGUGUUUCGCAUCGAUAAGUUGCAUGAGAUCAAAGAUCGUUUGUGGCAAGUGAAUCUGACACUCACAAGUGAUGAUGAUCCACAACCGAGACAAUCGAGUGAAUAUAUGAGAGAUGAAGCACAAGAAUACGAAUGGCUUCGAACGACGAGAAAAAAAGGAAAAUCAAAAACAACCAUAUGUGGCUCGUGCCAAGAGGAACUUGAACCGGAUCAUUCUGGUAUACAAUGUGUACAGGGUCAUCAUUUUUGUCCGGUUUGUUCACAAAAUAUUGUUACAAUGUUUUUCUCGGAUCCAAGAUCUUACACACCACUGAAAUGUCUUCAGUGCAAUAUUUUAUUGAAUGUAUCUGUUUUUGAACGACAACUAGAACCACAUCAAAUUGAGCAUUAUCGAACAAUAAUGGUUACUUUAGUUUAUGCAAAAGAUUUUUUAACUGAAGGUGAAGAAUUAUUGUAUUGUCCAUUUUGUUCGUAUGCCGAAAUUAGCCCCAAAGGUACAGAUUUUCUCUAUUGUCGAAAUAAAGAUUGUUCAAAGGUGUCUUGCUUAAUUUGUCUCAAACAAUGUCCUAAAUUUGAAGAGAAUUAUGAUGAUGAUGAAGAUGAAGAUGAAUUUCAACAAAAAACCGAUGAGAUGGAAAAACAUUUUAUGUGUGCUCAACUGAAAGAUGAUAAGAAAAUUAUCGAUGAUGCUAUUGAACAAGGUCAAAAACUCCCGUGUCCCCAGUGUGGCCUUGCUGGAAUGAAAGAUGAUGGGAGACAGUCAUUUAGAAUAUUCGAUAAAAAACGGCCUUUCUGA